AAAGGCGUUUCAAUCCACCUCAAAUUAAAUUCAUUGGUUGAUAAAGAAUCAAAUUCAAUGAUUAACUCUAAUUUUGUUUAUACUUUGAUACUAAAUUUUGUUUACCAACAUUUACGUGUUGUGAUAACACAUGAAAACAAAUCUGAAAGGUUCCUCUUUUCAUUGUAAACAUUUUAUGCAUUGCCAGCUAUUUUUGUUGAUUUUCAUUGUUAUUUCAACCUUAUAGCCAUCAACUAACUGUGACAAUUUAAGUGAAUAAUACUAAUUAUAAAUCAAUUUCAAUCAACUACGUCUAUGUGUUUAAUUAGUAUGUGCCAAGAGUGGGAUAUCAAUGAUAACCAUAUUCCCAAGGUAACUAGUUUCGAUUCCUUCCAAGAAUGGACUGAUGGACACAGUAGGUAUGUUUACAGAGCCGACUGUGAAGAGGCUCGUCGACAUUCAUCUGGAUGGGCCAUGAGGAAUACAAAUAACCAUAAUGUUCAUAUAUUGAAAAAAUCAUGUCUUGGAGUUUUAGUUUGUUCAGAAGCUUGUGUUCUGGAUAAUGGAGAGCAAAUACAUUUAAGGCCAGCAAUUUGUGAUAAAGCCAGGAAAAAGCAACAAGGAAAACCUUGUCCCAAUAGGAAAUGCUCCGGAAAAUUAAAGGUUUUACCAUGUAAAGGACAUUGUGGUUAUCCUGUCACUCAUUUUUGGAGACAUACUGAAAAUGCUAUAUUUUUUCAGGCCAAAGGAAGCCAUGAUCAUCCCCGUCCUGAACCGAAAGCCAGUGCAGAAGCUCGAAGAAUGGGACAAAGUGCAUUGAGAAUGUUGAAAUCAUCUCGAUUAGCAAAUAGCUUUUUCAACACAACACUGCCUUUGACAACUGGAUUACAGAGCCAGACUUUGAAGGAGGUUAAAUGUAAAAUUGAAGUCGAGGAAAAGGUUACAUUUAAUCGUUGGUAUAAAGCAAACAUAACCACAACUGAUACAUUUGUUGAAAAUGUUCCCAUCAAAGGAUCAACCACGAUCAAUGAAACUCCAAAAGAUUUGGUUACCUUUGAGAUCAACAGAAAAUCAGAUCCUGGAAUAUGUUUAUCGUGUUUCUCCUAUGAAUCUCAAUGUAGCUGUUCAUAUCCAUUCAAUUCUCAACAAUCAAACGGACAACAAUCGGCCCAGAUUUUACAAUUACCCUUCCAGCAUCAACAGCAUCAGCAUCACCUUCAACUCCAACAACAGCCCUCACCGAUCCAUUCAACAUCGUCAUUAUCACCACCUUUACCACAUCCAAUUCAAACACCGGGAUCAGGAUCAGGAGCAGUAACAUCACACACCUCGUCAAUAACUUCAUCUUCAGCAUUAUCCUCUACAAAUGGAUAUAACCAUUACUCCAAUUCCGUUGACAAUGGCCACUCUUACCUUAGACACUAUCAUCAUCGGUCAAAUUAUUUAGAUUCCGAGUCCGAGUCAACAACAAGCACAACAAACCAUCAAACCUCUGAUUCAUGCAAUUAUGGUCCAGUAAUUCAACUUUAUGAUGAAGCAAAUUAUUUUGGAUUUAAUUAUCAUCUUUGCCAUUCAACAAAAACUGGUGAAUUUAUUACCGAAGCAUUUACUCCUAUUGAUGCAAAUCAAUUAAAUGGACUGUCGACUGCCCUGACAAAUGGAAAUAAUUCAUGUACUUUUUAUAACGGCUCAACAAACCAGUCUUAUAUGUUUUCUAAUCAGCAAGUUGAAAGUACAACAUCGCAACAUCAUCAUUAUCAUCAACAUCAGCAACACCAUCAGUAUCUUCAAUAUCAACAAUAUGAACAAAUUUAUAUGGAUGCUGAAGCAAAUUUUAGUCCAAACGUAAAUGCAGAUCAAUGUCACCAAAUUUCAGACAAUAGUGAUGACAACCAGAUGAAUACGAUUGAAUCAGAUGGAUCCAUGGUUAACUAUGGAGACUAUGACAUGACCAUAGAUUCAGAUAGGAUAUCAAAUUUAGAGAAUCAAUUAUCAAACGGUCAUUCAUCUCAGCCUUCAUCUCCAUCAUUAAUUCAACGAGAAGCUUUACAACAGCAUCUCCUACAAUCAUCUGCAACAAUAAUAUCACCAUGUUCAUUGCCAUCAUCUUCAUCUCCAACUUCUGCAGAAAUAACUAGUACAUCUGCAUCUCCUCCAACUUUAUCUGUAAAUAAUACGGAACAUUUAAACAAGGAUAAAUCACCUCAAAUAGAUUUACAAUCAACUGUUGCACUGAAUUUUCCAAUUGACCAAGUUGAUCGAACUUAUAGCCAUCCAAAUUAUUUUCAAACCCAAUAUCAAGAUCAACAUGUCUCAAACCUCAACCUUCAUAACCAAAAUCAAAUUUAUCAUGACCCUAAAUGGUUAAUUCACCAGCCAAAACAAGAUGAAUCGUCAGUUGAUGAAAACAGCCACUUGAAGAUUUAUCAUGAAAAUCACAAUCUUAAUGAUAACAACACAUUGACUAACGAAUGUUCAUCAACAACAUUUGUUACUAAUAACAAUAACACUCGUGAACAAGUUACUUCUGGUUCAACAUGUUCUCAAUCAUCAACAGCUCUUGUCCAAUCUUCUGAUUGUUAUAUUAACUCUUCAGUAGACGAUCAUUCCUCUAGCGUUGAUUUUACUAGAUUUUGGACUAAUGAUAAUGAAAAUGAAGUGACAUCUUGUCAGGACUAUUUCGACCUGAAAUCACGAAUAGUUAAUGAACAAACGGAAAGUUAUAUUGUGUUAUAACAAAUUAUUAUGUACCUCCUUCCCUGCAUUUCAGCUUAUAUAACUUAAUUGUAUAACAUUUAUACAACUGGUCAAAUUUAUCAAUAGUAUUAUUCCAAAAAUAAAAAAAUUACUCAAAAAA